AUGAUCGAUGCGAGUGACGAAAUCGGACCCUGGAUCGAGCACCACGCCCCCACCGUGAACCCAGCCUGGGCCUUUGAAAAGGCCAUCCAGCAGAAGAGAACCCCACCGGCCCCGCCAGAGAAAGUUGCACAGAAAAAGGAUCGUUUUCGCAGGGUGAUGCGAGAGAUCCUGGGCAAGUCCCAGAGCCCCGAAUAUCAACGCAUCUUUGAAAGAGCCACCACAUGGGAUCAGGUACGCGCAGAGGCCCAAAAGGCGAUCAAUUACCGGUAUCAUGGUCGCGACACGAAGAAUCCAUUCUGCAAAACCCUCCGCGCAGCGGGAACCGCAGCAUCCAGACUGGAGUUCCUGACGAUACUCCUACCGAAUGGCGACUACCUGGGAUUGCUGUGUGGGGGCCUGACCCUUGUCUAUACAGCUGCAAAUCGCAUAGAAGCACUGCGAGAACCCAUUCUCAACUCCCUCGAUACGUUGGCCUAUUCAAUAAACGAAACAUCGCCGUAUCUCUAUGCAUACUCUUGGAAUGACACACUUAUUCAGCGGGCGCAUGAGCUGUACAUGGCAAUUCUAGAUGCCGUGGAGUCAAUAACACAGUGGGUGGAGAACCACAAAGGCUUUCGAGGUGGGUUACGGCAAGGCGCCAAGGCACUUUUCCUAGGAGACAAUUAUGGCAAGGACCUGGAAGAUAAAGUGACUACGGCAGUAAGCGACAAGGCAAGUGCAUUUGAGGCAGCGGUCAAAGCUUGUUUGAGCAUCGAGGUUCACGACACAGGAUUGAAUGUUGCACGACUUGGCAAGGGAGUGGAUCAAAUGCACGGAGAUAUCAAUAAGCUUCUACAGUCGACUGUCUCGAAAAAGACCCUCCAGGACCUCUUACAUGAUCAAGUUCAAGUGGUCGUGAAUCAAACUAUUGCAGCAUUUACUCAACAGUUCAGCUUGAACCGAUCUCCUCGGCCAGUCACGCCAUCAAUCACGCUCGAGCAAGUCCUGAUUGCCCUGGACCUCGUACCCAUCCUCGGCAAAACUACUGCUGUCGAAGCGGUCGUAGAAAGCAUUGGUACAGAGAGACACUUUGUAUAUCUCCUCGGGCGUUCUCUAGGUGAAGACAUGCAACACCAGGUCUCGGCCGUGAUCCAGGACAGCCGGUUCCGUUAUUGGCUUCAAAGCAUGACAUCGGGGACGUUGGUAGUCUCAGGGACGGGAUUUAACCCCCUCCAAGCUGAGAUUGCUUCACCUCUCAGCUACAUGUGCGCUCUGCUCAUGAGGAGCGUUUUGCAGGCACCCUUCAUCCACCCCAUAACAUUCUUCUGCCGAUUACACCUAGAGCCUAGUGAUUGUGUAUCCGGAGCCGACGGAAUCAUGCGAUCGCUUAUUGCGCAACUGGCUCUCUCUCUUACAGAGACAGGCAUCCUUGAUCUGACGUUUUUAACUUGGAACUGCCUUCAGCUCAUUGCGAUGCGCGAUCUCGUGUCCCUGUGUCGUGUUCUUGAGAAUAUCCUAAAGCCUGUCAGACAGAGUGUGAUAUUGUUCAUGAUCGAUGGCAUCGACUUCUAUGAUAACUCUUCUAGACUUUUUGGGAUGGAUCUCGUCAUGUCAUUUCUCAAUAGCCUGGUCGAGGCCAUCAACUACAGCAACACUGGACUGGUCUUUAAACUCUUGCUGACGAGUCAUAUGGGAGGAGGAUACCUGCCUGAAUGGUUUCCAAACAGGGUGGACAUACCUUUGACUGAAGAGACCCUUCUCAAUGGGAUGGAUGCACAUAUAUCGACUGAAUUCAUCACAUAUUGAUCCAAUGCAGAGGCAUGCUGCUGCAAAAGUUAAUGCUGACAGCCGUUAUACAG